GGUGCCGGCGCGCGUGCGCGUGAAGACCUCGCAGUCGACGCAAGUGGAGGACGAGAUGAAGACGGGCGACGCGCACAACACGUCCAUGGCGUCCACGGCCACGGACAGCUCGCGGCCCGAGGCUGGCUCGUCCUCCUGGAUGGAGUGGACGCAGCAGCUGCAGGCGUAUGUGGCGUGGGUCAACUCGCAGCUGAGGAAGAAGGAGGGCUACAAGCUCGUGACGGAUCUGCGAGCUGACCUCCACUCGGGCGUCGUUCUCUCCGACCUCAUUGAGAUCGUCUCGGGUGAGAAGAUCGUCGGAAUCCAUCGCCUACCGGAAACGGCUCAGAUGAUGAGAGAGAACGUGGAGCGAGUGCUUCAGUUUAUGGCCGCUAAAAGAAUCCGCAUGCAUCACGUCGGCAGCAAAGAGGUCAUCGAGGGCAAUCUGAAAGCGGUGAUGAGGCUGAUUUUGGCGUUGGCCGCGCACUACAAGCCUCAGAGCGUCCGAACAUCGCCUUACGACAGUGGCGCCACCACCGAGAAAACGGGAACGACAGCGUCGUCGGCUGGCACGACGGCAACACCAGCGACGCCCUCGAAAUCAACCCCUCCCACCAAAACAACGACUCCCACGGUGACCCCCACCCCCUCCCCAUCCACCUCCGCCGCCAGCUCAGCCCCCUCACCCUCCACUUCGACGGCGACGGUGACCGGCUCCGCGGGCCCGGCGAGCACGCCCGGCACCCCCAGCACGCCGAACAAGCGCUCAGCGCUCUCCGUGUGCGUCACGACGCCCAACCUGAACGUGCCCGGGAACCGCAAGUCGAUCGGUCACCUGCUGGAGGGCACGCUGGCCGUGGCGCCGCUACGCCGCUUCCCCAGCGUGGCCGGUCACCAGUGGGCAGCUGCCGGCGUCGGCGGCGACGACGGCGACGACGGCGGCGACGAGGCCACGCCCGAGAGCCGUGUCGACGACGACGCCAACAGCUUCGCCAGCUACAGCGGCGACCGGCCGCGCCUGCCGCCGGCCGCCGACACCGAGGGCAUCUACGACGUGCCGCGCUGCCGACCGCCACGCGUGCAGGAGGGCCCGGCCUCGCUCGGCGCCGAACUGUCGCGCACGACGCAGACGGACGGCCGCGAGCCGCGUGAGAUCGUGGACGGGUUCAGUAGCCUACCGCGCCACGGCGUGCGGCCCGCUGCGCUCGACUUCUGGGAGAGUCUGACCACGCACAGCACCGGCACCAGCUCGCCGAACACCAGCGGCGAGUUCAGGUACAACACCAUCCACCGGAUGAGUGGACGCCGCCUGCUCCCGAAGACGCCCGACACACGCUCGAGGCCCGCCGCGCCGGCCGCGCCGCCGGUGCCAGGCGCCUCCGGCUGCGACCGAUGGGAACGUGCAUCGCGUGACCGUAGUCGCCGGACGCGACGAAAGCCGGCGCCCCAGAUCCAGCCGGAGUCGGUGAACAAGGUCGGCUGCGGCAGUCUCCUGAACGGACACCAGCAGGAGGGCUCCGACUGUCGGGGCACCAACACGGCCGACGAGUUUGUCUUCUUGAAGUCGCGGCUGCAGAACACCUCCGAGAAGUGCAACCUGCUGCAGGCGGACCUCAACAAGGCGAAGCAGGGAGAGCUGGGAGCUCGCCUCGGCGCUCAGGACCGCGAGCUGCAGGAGCUGCGCCGCCAGCUGGCCGACAAGGACAAGGCGAUCCACCUGCAGCAGAGCCAGUUCGACGAUGCCAUCAAGGCGCUGGCCAACUCGAACAUCAGGCCCGCGCAGAACGGAAAGGUGGCGCCGCAGUCGCCCGUGUCCAGACAGCGAGGCUCUGGCCGGGAAGAGAUGCAGAUUCUCAGAGACGCCAUCUCCAGUCUGAGAGCCAACUUCAGGGAGUCGGAUCCCAACCACCACACACUGGACACCCUGGAGCAGUGCGUGGCGGGUGGUGCUCGACCGGCUGGCAGUUGCCGAGAGUGGCCGACAGGUGGAAGCACCAGAGGCGGUCCCGCCCAACAAGCGGGCCCCAUCACCAGCCUGCAGGGACAGAACUCAUUCACCAAGGUGGUGUACUACACCGAGAAGACACUGACUCCGUUCCUGUCGUCCGUGCCGAAGCAGCUGGGAGAGAUCACCCUGCGCGACUUCAAGCAGAUCUUUGAUAGGCCUGGAAACUACCGCUUCCACUUCAAGAGCAUGGAUCCCGAAUUCGGCAUGGUGAAGGAAGAGAUAUCCAAUGACGACGAAAUCUUGCCCGGUUUCGAUGGAAAGCUGAUUUCGUGGGUGGUGGAAGAUCACGGUGUUUAAGCCCUAUGCUUUCGACAUAUAGUCGGAAGCUUGUACCACUCGUACAAUAUUAACAGGGGCCAUUCGACAGUGUUCUGACAACGAAGAUUUGGUUAUCUUUCUAUGACCCUUGAUGUCAGUACAUGAAGGAAACUGCUUCGAAACCAAAGAUAUUGUAGUACUAGACAAUAGCACGGUCUAGAGAAGAUUGCACAUCUGCUAUUCUCAUGUUCGUGGAGAGAUCAUAUGAUAAUUGAUGUCCUGCUCACACGGGAUAAUGACUUUAUAGCUGUAUAAAUGG